UGCUCGCCUACUUGUGAGAAACUCAUAGCCGUGGAAUCGUGAUCGAAAUCUCAAAGGAAUAUCCUCAGUCUGAUCCACCUGUGUGUAUCUUCGAAUAAGGGGCCUUGAGAAGCAGCUGCAUCGCAAGGAUGCUCUGAGGUCUCUCUCAGGCAGGUUCGAGAUGUCCGCCGUAACCAGCCCGUAUGGACCCACGGAGAUGCUUUCCGACUCGGUUUACAACUAUGCGACGUCCCGUGGAGGCGGUGCCGAUCAGGACAGCGACUCGCAGUUCGAGACGCCGAGUCAACUGCAGAUAAGCAGCCAGAAGCCGCGAAACAAGCGAAAGAACUUCAAGCCAAUAAGUAGUCGGAUGGCCGAAGUGUCGGAUGACUCCGAGAGGGACGACGAGGACGAGGUCGUCGAAGCGGCUUCGAACGACGUCCUCGAUUACGAGAGGAAGAAGAUGCUACCAGUCGAGGAGAGAUCGAAGCAAAGACUCAAUAAUAACGAAGCCAGUCCCAUUGAUCUUUCCGUGGCGACUAGGCCGCCGUCCUCGGAAGCGGACGACGACAGCGGCGACUCCCUCAGGCACAAGUUCAUCCUCGAGCAGCUCAGGUCGCAGAAGCUCUACUCCCCAGGAGCCGAGGUAAGAAGUCCCACGUCGGAUUCCUCGGAGAAGAGUGGAAGUGGCGCCCUGGAUAACGACUCCGGUCGUCUCGACGAGCAGGAGCCGCAGUUCGAAGACGACAGGGCUCAGGAUGGGGAACACGAAGGAAGGAUACCUACCGAAGGUAUGAGGGAAUACGCGGAAUCGACCAUGCAGGAGUUACUGGCGAUAUAUGGUCUCGCCGGUGGCGAAUUGGCCAAGUCCCUCAGCAGGCAAUUGCCACCCACGUUUCUGAAUCCACCCGCUAGUCAGCAGCAGCAGCAGCAGCCUCAAGGAAAGGUCAGCGACGCCUCGUCCACGGCACCAGGAAGUCCACCGACGCCGCCGCACACGCCGCAGAGUCCACCUAGGCAAAAUCCUCCGGCGAAUCUCUCGCAAUCGAGUCAAACGUCGAGCGCGGGUUCGCCGAGUCUGGGCAACCCCCUGCAAACACUUGCGAACUCGCCCCUCAGUCAGAUACUCGUACAGAAUCCAGCGCUGGCCCAACUCCUACAGCAGAAUCCUGCGAUCCUCACGCAAAAUCCCCAACUCGCUCAGCUGCUGCAGCAAAACUUGCAGGCGCAAAUGGGCAGCGUUCUCUUCCAGAAUGUUCGCAGGGACGAGAACGACGAGGCCAGGGUUCCACCGACAAUAGCGAGUCUGGCGGCGAUGACGGCGGAGGCAGCUGACCCGAAGGUUUCCGCUCUUCUCAGACAGAGUAUGUCACCGGUAACAGAGACUCUUAUUGGCAGUACAAAGUCACCCGUACCACAGCCGAUAAUUGAUUACUCCCGAUACGUGAGGAGGUACACAUCAGGUCAGGAGUGCGGUAGUUCGUACUGCAAGGAACUCGGCUGCAGAGAGCACUUUCAUUGUCUGGACUGCAGUGGUAGGGUGUUUGUGAAAAAGGAAGAGAUGAUCAGGCAUUUCAAGUGGCACAAAAAGAGGGACGAAUCUUUGCAGCAUGGUUUCAUGAGGUAUUCGCCAACUGACGACUGCUCCGAGAGGCAUCCCGGUCGGGCCUGUCCUCACAACAGAAAACAGACCCAUUACCACUGCAUCCAUGAGAAUUGCGACAAGGUUUACAUAUCGACUUCCGACGUUCAGAUGCAUGCUAACUAUCAUCGAAAGGAUUCGGCUAUCAUACAAGAAGGCUUUCAGCGAUUUCGCGCUACCGAGAGUUGCGGUGCUGAGCACUGUCCCUUUGCUGGUCAGAGGACCACACAUUUUCAUUGCAGAAGAACUGGCUGUCGGUUCACUUUUAAAAACAAGGCCGACAUGGAGAAGCACAAAUCAUAUCACAUAAAGGAUGAGCAACUCUCGCGCGACGGGUUCAAAAAAUUUAUGAAGUCCGAAGACUGUGCCUUCGAGAAAUGUCGUUUUUCUCGUGUGUGCAAUCACAUCCACUGCAUCAGACCACAUUGCAGCUACGUGUUGCAUUCAUCCGGGCAGCUAUUUUCUCAUAAGCGCAAACACGAGCGCCACGACUCUGAGGUGGCGUAUCGCAAGUACAAGCAAGUUGGUGCCGUAGGUGGGAUAAGACCACCAGGUUCCUGGGCACCUGAUGAUCUCACGGGACAGAGUUUAGCCUUGAGUCUCAAUGGAGAGAGCUCCAAUGAGGGUAGAGGCUCACCCUCCUACUAUUCUAUGGACGAUUCCUUCCAAAGUGCUAGUGACCUAGCUAUGGACCUAACGGCACCAGCAUCCGCAGGUCCUGGCACCUCCAACCUUGGUAUAGUCGUUGAGCAGCAACUGACACCUGCCGAGCUGACAUACCUGGCGCCAGCAUCAGCAGACUGUCCUUGUCACUUAGGCAGGGAACAUCACCACUGUGGUCUUGAUCGUUGCGGAGCCACCUUAAGGGAUCCCCGCGAAGUGCGUGAGCACUUGCGCGAACACGAAACUCAGGAACGCAUCACAGAUGCAUACUUCGAGGAAGGUGGUUGCGAAGACAGCUGUCCCUAUGCUGACAAAGAAAAGCAUUAUCAUUGUAAUUGGGAGAAUUGUCGGGAGGUCAUCCUGGCGACCGACAAACCUUUCAGAAGGCUUCAGCACUAUAAGAUUCAUGAAUACAGCAGACAGCUUAAUUUAUCUUCGUCCUCGCAUGCGUUAUCGCCUGACGUCACUCUGACGCAUCUGACCAAUAUCGACGCCAUGUUCAGGCGAAAACGUGGUAGGCCACCUAAGAAUCGCGUCAUAGAGAUCUGGUCAGGUGGCGACCCCACCACUCAUACUCAGGACUCACCACAGGCUAUAUUCACUAGCUUCAAACUACCCAAACCCACCCCGUGUACGACGCCCAACGCCAUCACGGAUGACAGGGAUGGUAGCGUCUCACCCUCGAAUAGUUUGGGCGAACCUGAAGGAUUUUCUACUUACAAUCCUGAAGGUUGUCCCGACCCAGCCUGCGUCUUAAGAUCCACUAGGCAUCACCAUUGCUCCCAGCCUCGCUGUCAUUUUUCGACCGACAGACCGGAUCAGCUGCUGAUGCACAGCAAGGACUUUCAUGACAACGUCGAUAUCCUCCCAGGAUUUGCUUUCUUCGACAAGAUGGUCGAUUGCCGAUUACCCGGCUGUCACAGUAAUCGCGUCAAUCGUCAUUUUCACUGUACGAGACCAAAUUGCGGAUACUCUUUCGUGAGGUACUCAACAAUGGCGCAGCACGAAAAACAGCACUCCGGUGGAUUUCUCGAGUCUAUGGUGCAGGAAUCUGCCACUCAGGAGACACAGACGGGUCAGACCCAAACACCAAUUCAAGAGAUCAAACCGAGGAUCCAGGUGAAGAAUCCUGCAGACCUCAUUGAGAAGCCCGAGGAGAGCCUAGACGAAAGCAGGUCGUUCAUCGAUGACAAGGAGAGGGAAAUUGGCAGUCCGGAUGCUAAUAAGACAACCGUGGUGAGGGCGGCAGGCACCUAUUAUCCGGUCAGCGGACCGCCGAGCGAACCCGCACUUCCGGGCGCCAUGCUAUCCAUGCGAGCUUCCGUGCACCAAGAUACCCAAGUGUUACCCUCGACGAGUUCCUCGCCCCACAUUCUCUACGGGCCGGAGCAGAGCUGCAGCAGACCAUUUUGCAAGCUCAAACGCAAGAACCAUCAUCAUUGCAACGCCUGCAAUCAAGCCUUCUCCGAGCUGGACAGACUGGUGGCCCACAUCGCGAAGCACUCGACCGGAGCCAUCCUGAGCCAGCAGCAGCACGAGCUUCCGCCUCAGAACCCUGGACAGCAGCUUCAGCACGAGUACCUGGCGCAGCUUUCGCAGAAGCACGACUUCAUGGCGCAAAACGCACAGAUGGCGCAGAACAUCAAAAGCUUUCAAAGCAUGCAACGGCAGAUACAGCAGAGUCUAUCCAUGAGUCAGCAGAGCAGUUCCUCAGGGGCUUCCGGUAAGGAGGUCAAGAUCGAGAGUUCAAGGUGCGAUUCGGCCGUUCAGAGCGUUCCGAAUGUUAAAAGAGAACCCAUUGAGUGUAAACGAGAAGACAAUGGCGGAAUAGUGGACAACAAUGAGAACGGUUGCAUGUCCCAGGGAGUGCUGCAAAACGUACAGCAAUCUCCAAUACCAUCCGGUUUCGAGUUGGACCUCAGUCACGGUUUCCACUUUCCAAGUCCAGCAGUGAUGGCCGCGAUGAAUCAGCAAAUAGCCUUGAUGAAUCAGGCCCUGCCGCCGUUCCUCCAACAUGGCGGAAUGUACGCGGGGGGUCCUGGUCUGAUGUUCGCCCCGGGUCUGCCGCCGGGGAACUUCCUGCCGCCCAGCCGCGAUGAGAAUCCCUUGGCAUCCCUAGCGGCAAAUCUGAACAUGGGUAGCAAGCGUUCCUUAUCACCGCCGGAUUCGAACUCACCCGAGGCCAAGAAGCAGAGGCUGCACCACUCGAUGCGUAUGCUCAAGGACGAGCCUGUACCCGAGGGUUACGUGAGGUUCAGAUUCAACGAGGACUGCAGGUAUCCACACUGUGGUUACCGGGAGCAUCAAACUCAUUUCCAUUGUAUGCGACAAGACUGCGGAUACUCGUUCUGCGACAAGACGCGUUUCGUUCAGCACACGGCGAGACACGAGAGGCUGGACACUCUGAUGGGCGGCGACUUCCAACAGUACAGGGCGAACGUGCCGUGCGGAAGAGCUCAGUGCGCCUACACCUCCUCCUUAGGCUCGAUGCAAAACAAGGCCUCGCACUUUCAUUGCCUGAAGUGCGACUUCGUCUGUACCGAUACGAACAAGGUCGUGGCGCAUCGGCGGCAGCACGCGAAACUCGACAGUAUCGCAGCAGCUGGAUUUCAGAAGUUCACGCCGAGUCAACCUUGCGGCGCCGUACAGUGUCAACACUCCGGCAAACAGACGCAUUAUCAUUGCUUGCAGUGUCAAUAUGCAGUAUUGGGUCUUGCACAGAUGUCCGCGCAUAAGUAUCGACACAUGGACGGUUAACGUUAACAAGAUAUUCGUUUAUCAUAUACGUCAAUGCUGAUCGGUAGAGGCUCCUAAAAGACUCGUCCCAUCCAAUCCCCACGUCCCUGUAACAUUCCCACAAAGCCCUCCUUAAAAUGCCUGAAAGACAUAAAGAAACAAGACAAAAUGAGUUUCCCUCUCGUGUGACGAUGUAAGACAAAAGAGAGAUGCGAGAAGAGCAAUUGCGUGUGUGGUUGUGUGUGUGUGUGUGUGUGUGUGUGUGUGUGUGUGUGAGAGAGAGAGAGAGAGAGAGAGAGAGAGAGAGAGAGAGAGAGAAAGUAUGUAUAAAAAAACAAAAUGGACGACGGAAAAAAAAAGACGUCCGCGACAAUAAGAGACGACUCUAU